AUGAGUAUUUGGUGUUCUCUUGACUGUAAAUGCCUGCAUUUGAAUGCCCAUGUAAACAGGUGGCUGAUCAGGAUGCAGUGGACAGCGGUAGUUUAUGGCGUGCUGAUGCUCGGUUCCUGUGUCUGCUCUGUGUUUGGGAACUGUGUAUUACUGUUGGUGGUGUUACUCAACAGGAACUUGCAGACGGACACCUGGGCUCUCACAUUAAGCUUCUGUCUGAGCGAUCUGGCAUUGGGCAUCUCCAUCCUCCCUUUUGGAAUCCAUAACAGUCUCUUCCUUGUGCAGGGCUAUGCCAGCAAUAGUGCCCUCUGCCAGGGCAGCGCAUUUCUGUUCUUGUUGUUCCAGAUCGCCUCGAUCCAUUCCCUCACAUGGGCCACCGUUGAUAAGUUCACCGAGAUCUGCUUUGCCCUCAGCUACACUGGGAUCUUCACGGCGCACCGGGCCAAAGUCAUCCUUGCAGUGGUGUGGAUGUAUAGCCUCCUCAACGCAACUCUACCAUUGCUUGGUUUUGGCAGUUACGGCUACAGCGAGACAAAGUUCCUCUGUGCUCCCUGCUUCCAACCGUCCAGCAUUGGCUUCAACAUGCUCUUCAUGGGACUGGGAAUAAUCAUUCCCAUUCUGCUGAUGUGCUUCAUGUAUGGAUAUAUAGUGUAUAUAGCCAGAAACCAGGUGCGACGAGGGACGUUUGUUUGCAACGAGGACCACUGUUUCUAUGUACCAGCCAAUAAUUACUUCAAAAGCUCCAUAGUAAUGGUGACAACCAUAGUGUGCCUGCUUGUUUGCUGGCUGCCAUAUAUCGUUAUCUGCUUCUAUGAGACGUUGACGGGCAAAGAGAGCAUGCAGCCUGCCUCUGCUGUUGCCACAUGGCUUGUGCUCUUCACUUCAGCUCUCAACCCAUGGAUCAACACCAUGACACAAAUGAGGUACAGAGUUGCUCUGCGCAGAAGCCUGAAUAAAAUCCGACAGAUGUUUGAGAAUCCUCGUAAAAACUCCCUCCCUCAGUGCACAACCAUACAGCCAGGCCGCGAGACCAACAGCUCCCCUUCAUCAGCUCCCAGUGCACCUCUGGCACUACAGACAAACAAUGGACCCCAACAGGACCUCACACUGGCUUAAACUCAACACUCACUGGCCUUUGGAUCCUGCCUUGGAGGUUUAAAUAGCGUAGAAAUAAUAAAGACUUACAGAAACUUGUCCAGCAUCAUUUUACACAAGCACAAUUGGACACUGGGUUGACGGAGCUAACCAGGAGCAAUUUUACUGCUUAUAUGUUAACAGACUUCACAGAAGGACCUUCAUGGAAUACUGUGCCUUGUUCCACAGUAAACGAUUCAUGAACAACUAAAAAAAAAAAAAUUAAGACAGAGGCUUCUAUCAAAGAAGAGGAUGUUGUAUUUUUGUUUUGUUUCUUCAAAAGAAACUGUUAGGGAUGCACCUAUGUAUCGGCUGCCAAUAUUUAUUGGCCA